AUGAAGUAUUCAUGUAAAGUGCUUCUAGGUACACAUUUUCAUCAUCCUGGAAUAUUUCGAAAACUGGAGUUGCCAUAUGUAAUGGCUGCCGUGAAAGCUGUCAGAAAUGGCGUUUCUAUCAGAAAAGCUGCAGCGUAUUAUAGCAUAUCUAAGUCUGCACUCCAAAGAUACGUGCAGAUCUACGGCACGAUGAGCAUCUACCAGAGAUGUAUGAAUUGA